AUGUUUUAUUUACAGGAUCUUAAAAAGUUUCACUACUACUACUGGUUUGCAUUUCCUGCACCAAAUCAACCCACGGUUUACAUCAAGGAGAAAAGUGCCAGUAUCACAUCACUACUCAACAAUAAACAGAUAGAAUCAUUUGCACAGAGCUACAAAACUUUCGACAAAGAACAAAAAUGCUUCUUUGCUAUCACUAAACAGGAGGACACAGUUGUCAUUAAAACUUUAUCAAGUUCUUUAGAAGUUAAUAAACCUGUACCAAAUGACAGUAAUACAUAUUUUGUAUUCAAUGAUCCAAGCAAUGGUAGCAACCCUGGAUGGCCAUUGAGACUGUUUUUGGCAGCCCUAUUGGAUCACUGCCCUGCUCUAGUCGGGACUGAUAUUAAAGUGAUAGGAUUAAGAUGUAAUCCUACAGGAGGUGUCGAGAAUAGUAAAGUAUUUUCUGUUGCCGUGCCAAAGGAUGUCAAGUCAGUGGAAGCAGCUGGCUGGGUUGGGUGGGAAAGGAAUGACAAAGGGAAUUUCGGUCCAAAACUGGCCAAUAUGUCAGCAUCGUUGGAUCCUGUUAUAUUGGCGGACGCAUCUUCAGAUCUCAACAUAAAGUUAAUGAAAUGGCGUUUGGUGCCUGAUUUGGAUGUAGAUGUGAUGAAGACUACGAAAUGCUUGCUGUUGGGUGCUGGCACCCUCGGCUGUCAUGUCGCACGAGAUCUAUUGGCUUGGGGUUUUCGUCACAUUACGUUCAUUGACAACGGCAAAGUGUCGUACUCGAAUCCGACGCGUCAGGUGCUGUUCACUCAUCAAGACUGCCUCAAUGGAGGCCGGAAGAAGGCUGAGGCAGCUGCUGAUGGCCUAAAAAAUAUAUUACCCUCUGUUGUAACCAAGGGUCUAGCAGCUCACAUACCGAUGCCAGGGCAUCCAGUGGGCGAAUCUUUGAAGAAAGAAACUAUAUCCAACAUACAGCUUAUCACUGAGGCCAUAUCGGAUCAUGACGUCAUAUUCCUACUGUUGGAUACGAGGGAGGCGCGAUGGCUACCAACUCUUAUAGCUGCUCAUCUUGGAAAGAUUGUUAUCAACGCAGCUUUAGGCUUCGACAGCUACUUAGUCAUGCGGCACGGUAUUGGCGGUUCAACGACAGAGGGCAGCACUUCAGUGAACGCUACCAUGAUACCAGGGGGCAGUCUUGGCUGUUACUUCUGCAAUGAUGUCACCGCUCCAGGAAAUUCGUUAAAAGACCGGACUUUAGAUCAACAAUGCACAGUAACACGGCCUGGUGUAGCGGCCAUCGCAGGCGCGUUAGCAGUUGAAAUAUUAGUUGGGCUAUUACAGCACCCAUUGAGGGUACACGCACCGGCGGUAUACAACAUGAACAGCGAUAUAGAAGACGUGCCACCAGAGUUGCAAGGCAUUCUCGGCCCUAUUCCCCACUCAAUAAGGGGCUUUUUACAUUCCUACCAAAAUGUAGUACCUACAUGUGCCAAGUUCCCGCAAUGUAUAGCGUGCUCCGACAUUGUGAUAAAUAAAUAUAAAGAAGAGGGUAUAGAGUUCUUGCUCAAAGUUUUCAACAGUGGAAACUAUUUGGAAGAGGUGACUGGACUACAUGAAUUGCAUUUAGCGGCUGAAAUGACUGAUGUGUUGACAUUUUCAGAUGAAGAUGAUGAAGAGUAAAGAUUUUUAUUAAUGUUUCUAUAUCUUAAAUCUCAUAUGCAUUUAAUUAUGUUGCAUAGUUUUGAGCUUCAUAAAAGAUUAGCAGUCUUAAGAUUCCAAUAUGUUUUACGAUAUUGACUUUCAAAUAUAGAUUAUAGGCUAAGCUUACUAAGAGUGCAAAUGCAGCUUUAUUUGUUGUGAUAUUUUUCAUUAGAUCAAAAUCAAAUUAAAUAUUAAUAACAUCUAA